AUGGGCCAAAACCUAGCUCUGAACAUCGCCGACAAAGGGUUCCCAAUCUCCGUCUACAACCGCACCACCUCCAAAGUGGACGAAACCCUGGAUCGCGCCCACCACGAAAGCGACCUCCCUCUCACCGGCCACUACACCCCUCGUGACUUCGUCCUAUCUCUCCAAAAGCCCCGUUCCAUCAUCAUCCUCGUCAAGGCCGGCUCUCCCGUCGACCAAACCAUCUCUGCCCUCUCCUCCCACAUGGACCCCGGCGACUCCAUCAUCGAUGGCGGCAACGAAUGGUACCAAAACACCGAACGCCGCAUCCGCCAAGUCUCCGAUCAAGGCCUACUCUAUCUCGGCAUGGGCGUCUCUAGAGGCGAAGAGGGUGCUCGAUAUGGUCCUUCUUUGAUGCCUGGUGGCUCCUACCAAGCGUAUCUCAAUAUUGAAGAUAUUGUGAGGAAAGUUGCCGCUCAAGUUGAGGAUGGUCCUUGUGUGACCUAUAUUGGGGAAGGAGGGUCUGGGAAUUUCAUGAAGAUGAUUCAUAAUGGAAUUGAGUAUGGUGAUAUGCAGUUGAUUUCGGAGGCUUAUGACGUGUUGAAGAGUGUUGGGGGUUUGUCGAAUGAUGAAUUGGGAGAGAUUUUUAGGGAGUGGAAUAGAGGGGAGCUUGAGAGUUUUUUGAUUGAAAUUACGGCUGAUAUAUUCAUGGUGAAGGAUGAGUAUGGAGAUGGGGAAUUGGUGGAUAAGAUUUUGGAUAAGACUGGGAUGAAGGGGACCGGGAAAUGGACUGUCCAGCAGGCCGCGGAGCUUUCGGUAGCUGCUCCCACGAUUGCAGCCUCGUUGGAUUGUCGGUAUUUGAGCGGGUUGAAGGAAGAGCGAGAGGUGGCCGCAGAGGUGUUGAGGGAAGCGGGUUUGAAGGAGGAGGUUGGGGCAGUGAGGAGUGGGAUUGAUAAGAAGAGGUUGAUUGAUGAUGUGAGGUAGGCUUUGUAUGCUUCC